CGCCGCCGCCGCUGGCCCGGACUCGUCCGGAGCUCAGGGUGUCUGCCCCGCUGCGCGCCGCGCGCGGAGGCUCAGGCGCCUGCAGCUGCGCCCUCCAGCCCCAGCUCCUCGCGCCGGCCCGCGCGGGUCCCGGUGGGCGCGAACCCACCAUGCAGCUGCAGUUCCGGAGCUGGAUGCUGGCUGCGCUCACGCUGCUUGUGGUCUUCCUCAUCUUCGCAGACAUCUCGGAGAUCGAAGAAGAAAUCGGGAAUUCUGGAGGCAGAGGUACAAUCAGAUCAGCUGUGAACAGCUUACAUAGCAAAUCUAAUAGAGCUGAAGUUGUAAUAAAUGGCUCCUCAUCGCCAGCUGUUGUUGACAGAAGUAAUGAAAGCAUUAAGCACAAUAUCCAGCCAGCCUCGGCCAAAUGGAGGCACAACCAGACACUCUCUCUGAGGAUCAGGAAGCAAAUCUUAAAGUUCUUGGAUGCUGAAAAGGACAUUUCUGUCCUCAAGGGGACCUUGAAACCCGGAGACAUUAUUCAUUACAUCUUUGACCGAGACAGCACGAUGAACGUGUCCCAAAACCUCUACGAGCUCCUUCCCAGAACCUCUCCGCUGAAGAACAAGCACUUCGGGACUUGUGCCAUCGUGGGCAACUCUGGGGUCUUGCUGAACAGCGGCUGUGGGGAGGAGAUUGACACACACAGCUUUGUCAUAAGGUGCAACUUGGCCCCUGUGCAGGAGUAUGCCCGGGAUGUGGGGAUCAAGACAGACCUGGUGACCAUGAACCCCUCCGUCAUCCAGCGGGCCUUUGAGGACUUGGUCAACGCCACGUGGCGGGAGAAGCUGCUGCAACGGCUGCACAGUCUCAACGGCAGCAUCCUGUGGAUCCCUGCCUUCAUGGCCAGAGGCGGCAAGGAGCGGGUUGAGUGGGUCAAUGAGCUCAUCCUGAAGCACCACGUCAACGUGCGUACUGCAUACCCCUCUCUGCGCCUCCUGCACGCCGUCCGAGGAUACUGGCUGACUAACAAAGUUCACAUCAAAAGACCCACCACUGGCCUCUUGAUGUACACGCUAGCCACACGCUUCUGCAACCAGAUCUACCUCUACGGCUUCUGGCCCUUUCCAUUAGAUCAGAACCAGAACCCCGUCAAGUACCACUACUACGACAGCCUCAAGUAUGGCUACACCUCCCAGGCCAGCCCCCACACCAUGCCCUUGGAGUUCAAGGCCCUGAAGAGCCUGCAUGAUCAGGGGGCUCUGAAACUGACUGUUGGCCGGUGCGAUGGGGCCACGUAAGAUGGGCACCCCGUGGCACUCAGUGGCUCACAUUUCCUGCCAGCUAUACCACAGGCAGAUGGGAGUCGGGGCAGCACAAACUCUAGAACAAGCAGGCUAGUGGUUUUCUUUGUUCAAGUGUAAAACAGUGACCAGAAUAUAUAUAUCUAUACGUGCAUAUAUAUAUUGACCUGAGUAUUUAUAACUGUGUGGUGUUCAUCUAGCAUUAGGCAGAUAAGCCACAGGAAGAAGGUGUGGAGAACCCACCUGGACCUGACUAAGACUCGGUCCAUCUUUGGGGGCAGAAGGACUCGACAUGAAAAGAAGCCAGUCCCCUGACUUUGGAUGACAUCCUGCCUCCCGGGUUGGAGGGAUCCUUGGGUUCAUGGGAGACUGGAGAGCCCCCUGUUGGCAGCUACCCUGAGCAUCUGAGAAAUGUGGAUUCUGGGUGAGCUAAGACCCAGAGGGGACAACUUGACCCAAGUCUAAAAUGGUGCUGUUCCCAGAGAAGAGGGAGAUUGGAAAGUUCCACCCAGCAAAGGAGCACGGGGUCACCAAGGAGCAGAGGCCACGUUGGACCUGAGGACCUUGUUCCAUGAACUUUGCCCAUGGGACAAACCACAGUUGGUCCCAUCUGUCCCAGACCAGCCUACGCAGCUCUGGAGAGAAGGUUGGAGGAGACACGAUGGACAGGUCAUAUUCUGACUUCAAAAGAACCCCCUAGAACCUGGGACAGAGCAGGCAGAUGACACUAAAGAGCUUCGGUGUUCCAAAACAUGUUUUUGAAAAAUCACAACUUCCUACUAAAAGUUGGCGCUCCAGCCCAGAAUAAGGCAAGAGAGUGUCCAAAAUACAGUGGUUGUUCUUUAAAGCAACUUGAGUUCAUCAAGGAGUAAGGGACCCUGGGCUUUCAUCCUCAGGGUUAGCCUCCUCCCUGUCCUGUUGGAAAGUCACGUGAGGGACUGUACUGUUCCCUUCUGUCACCAGGGAAGCCACCGCCAACACUUGAAAGGGCACCUGAAGGGUAAAUGUCAUCCUGUUAAAAUAUAUAUGAUUGCCUUUCUAAGGGCCUCCAGGGCCCCAGAGUGUGAGGCUGGAAGAAUGUUAAGGGUCCAGCUCCAUUUCUCUGCAGCCACUGUGUUUGCUUUCUGCAUCGUGCACUCUGUGAGGCCUCUGCAGCCAGCCUGCUGUGUCAAUGUCACUUCCUUGUCACUCCUGAUGGUCCCACUAGCCAGCACUGAGCUCCAACACAGGCUUUCAGCUCUGCAGGAAGAGGUUCCAGCAUCUGUGCCCACCUCUCUCUUUCCACGGAGACAGUCAUUUGAGAAUCUGGCAAAAUCCAUCUCCCCUCUAUUAAGAUUUAUAGAGUUAAGACUUUCUUUGAACCCAAAGCCAAAAGUAGUAUCCAAAUACUGGACAUAAUCUCCCCAGGGAAACCCGGGCUCAGUGCCAAUGACUUAGGGGCUGGAAUCCCAGGUCACAUGUAGACAAGCAUUAGCCAGCUUGAUUUGCUGGAUUUAUUUCCCUCACCUGAUAAAUAACAGUGUUUUAAAAUAUAUUUGAAAGAUAAGUUAAAAACCAUUAUCUUGAAGGUGAAGGGAGUUAAGAAAAGUAAUCAAGAUCUGCUCCCAAGCAUACGAGACUGGACAUCAUUAAUCAAAGGCAAUUCAGAGCAGGACAUUUGCUCUAAAUUAAUGCCUGACAGAAAGCCAGUGGAGGCGGUGGAAGGAUGCUCAGAACCUCAUCACCCCACAUGCAGAUACUCCAGCUCCAAACUACGAUCACAAUUCUACGUCUCUUUGUUUCUUCCCUGUUGCUGUUCUUCUUCUUGAAAUCAGAGAUUUGGGAUUUGCAUUAUAAAAUGAAUAUUUAAAAAAGCAACAGCCCUAACAGCCUCUGUAGGAACAGAGGAGUGUGGACUUCUCACAAAAAGUAGAAAUAAUUAGUAUCAUCUUUUACACUUCUCCAGGGCCUUUCAUCUUGAAGAUUUCAAAGGCCCCGGAAGACAUGUAAUUUCUGAAGCUUGCAAUGCCCUGGGAACAGGCAGAAUUGCCAGCAGGGCCUCAAUGGAUUAGCCAAAGCCUUGGAUUCCAGAAAGUUCCAGUGCUGAGUGCAGAGAGGAGCCUGGGGUCAGGUCUGGGGUUGGUGCUGCGCCUCCAUGUUCCUGCCAAUACCCCUAAUGCAGGGCAGUCAAAGGGCCAGGGCUCUUAGGAAAACAUGGUUUUCUUUCUGUCCCUUCUUGGUCUUGGUUCCUUAAGCUGAAACUGAUGGAGCUGAAGGGAAAUGAACUCUUGCCACCUGCCUCUGGGUUCUCUCCAGAGAACAGCGAGAGACCAGGACAAGCCACAUGUCACCAUCCCUGGCCUGCAGGUCCUCUGCUGUCAAAACACCUUGGCUGUGAUGGCAGGAGCUCUGGGGCCUUAGCUUCCCCUCCCUGCUCGCCCUUCUCCAUCCAGGCACGCACAAUCAGGAGGCAGUCUGACCUUGCCUCUGUUUAGAGCUCCAUUUGACCAAGGUUCCACUGAAGCCUCUGGCGCAGCCCAGCUAGCCUGGGGUGACCCCCCAGGAGUACCUGGUACCCAGUGCCCUGGUCCACCACCUUGUAAUGACAGGGGUCACAGGCCUCUGGGAGCAAGUGGUCAGCCAGCCUCCCACUGACCAUCAAUCUGGAGUUGCCCCACCAUCACCCACCAUGGAGCCCCUCAGACCCUCUCCAUUCACCUCCUCUCUCCCCCUUCACUUUCUUCCUACCAUUUCUAAGGAAACACCAUCCCUCCACUCACCAGUCCUCAGCUAGUCUGCCGCCUCUGUUCUCUCUUUCUACCAACAGACGCUCAUUCCACCGCCCUGGCUCCUGCAGCCUCAUCCCUUCCCCACCAGACCUGGGAAGGGCUCUCUGGUGCUGCUACUGCCUUCCUCCUGACCUCCUACUCCGUCUCCACGCUCCUUGGACCAGCGACUCAAUUGCCACAUCGAAAGCCUCAUUCCCAUCACCAAGCUCUCUGCACCACCUGGCUCUCUGCUGACUCUUCCUGGACACUCGCGAUCCCCUUUGCGCCCAGUAGGCCAUGUUCUCAUGGCUUUUCUCCUCUUUCCCCAAUGCCCCGUCAUUGUUUACUUAUGUAUUUAUUUAUUUAUGUAUUUAUGAUUUAUUUAUUGACACUCUUACCUUAAUCUAAAAAGUAACCACCGUAGAUCUGACUAUUAUUUCCCUCUCUCUUCCUUGCCCUACACAUAAACCUUUCCCACCUUGGCAUCCUCUCUCCCACCCCCUUGCAUCACCUCCCUACACACUCCAUCUGCAACCUCCCACCUUCCUGGGAGCCACCCUCCUCUUCCUGCAGCCCAGCCCCUGUCCCAAGUUCCAGGCUCGGAUCGCAUACUGCACAUUGGUGGUUUACCCCAUCUGCUCCCACAGCGCCAUAAAUGCAACACUUCUGAAGCCAAGUUUAUCAUCUCUCUGCUCUCCUUCCUCCACAACCCCUCCUUUCCCUGUUAGAAGACCCCUGAUCCUCUCAACCAUCCAAUGCUGAGACCCUUAAGUCAUCCUUGCUCUUCCUUCCCCGCUGCCCUACCCUUGCCUUCUGGUCACUCGCAAAAUUUCAGCAGCAGUGUCCUCUGCCAGGUUUCCUCUGGGCAUGCUUGCAGGUUCUCCAGUCCACCCUGAACAUUUAUAGAGAUUUCUUCAUCUCCACCCAGUCACAAACUUUUAAAAUACCGUGCAAGUCUCAUAUUACAGACCGUCAAAUAAAGCCCUACCCUUUCUUUACACCCUGCAUCAGUCCAUCUAGAAUAGCUGUCAUUCCUAGAAGGGGGUGCCCGGUUUUCCUGUCUCUGUGCCUUUGGUCCUGCUGCUCUCAUCCCCUGGGACACUCUCUUCUGUUUCCUUCAAGGCCCACACAGAAACCACAUCUUUCAUGAAGCGCCCCUGAUCUACAAACCGAUGGGGAUCUCUCCCUCCGCUGAACCACCGUAGCACUUUAUUUGUACCUUUCUCAUGGCACUUACCAUAUUCUGCCUUGUAUUAUAGUUAUUGUGCACUUGUCCUAUGACUUCUUAGAUUGUAAGUUCGCCAAGGGCAGGGACCGUGUUUUACUCAUCUGUGUCCAUCACAGCACCAGGGGUGGUGCGUAGCACACAGCAGUUGCUCAAUAAA